AAUUUCUUUUUUUUUUAAGGCAAAGAUCAUCCAGUUUCCAGCCAGUUUGUUCUAUAUUGGUCUGAUAUAUAAGCUAAACGGAUGCGUUGGGAGGCAUCAGUAGCCUUCGACACGCAAGAUGAGAGUUCUGAUCCUGUCCGCGAUCUUCGCCUGCGCGGCCGCAGCGCCCUCGGCCCCUGUGGUCGCCAUAGCCCCCAUCAUCUCCGCCGCCAUCCCCACUCUAUCCCCUGGAGACCUUCAGGCCGCCGCCAUAGAUGCCAAGGUCCAGGCAGAAGACCAGGCUCGAGCGAUAGCGGAACAGGCGAGGCUAGCUGCUGAAGUAGCUAGGGAUCAGGCUAAACUGGCUCUGGCGGGUCAAAAGCCUUUAGCCUACGCGGUCCCAGCCCCCGUCCUUGCCAUCGCCGCUCCAACCUCAGGGGACCUCCAAGCUGCCGCCAUCGACGCCAAGGUUCAAGCGGAAGACCAGGCCAGGGCUAUAGCAGAACAGUUGAGGUUGGCUGCUGAAGUAGCGAGGGAGCAGGCUAAACUGGCGUUGGAAGGACAGAAGGAAAAGGUGGAAGAAGUGACUUCCAUAGUUAAAGAAAACAACGAGGAACUAUUCUGGAACGUAGAAGACAAGAAAUGGCAAGCUGUUGACGCAGUGAAAACUAUCGAAGCGAAAAUUGACGGCGCGGUCACGAACAACGCUGAGGCUUUAGCGAAAAGUGUGAUUCCUGUGGUAGCUUCUUUACCUUAUGCUAACCUGGUGUACGCUCCUGGAUUAAUACCGCUGGUUAAAGAAGAAAAGAUAACUAAGACUGCUGAUAAGGAUAAGAUAGAGACACCGAAUUUGGAAGGGCUGGCGUUGACUCAGGGUAUAGGGUUGGUUGGAGCCCCGUGGCCCCCCCUGACGUUGGUUCAACCGGGGCUGAUAGGGGCACCCCUGCCGCUGCAGCCUGUGCUCACGCCAAUCAUCAAACAAUGGUAGUUUAGUCAGUAGGCGGAAUAAACGGUGAUUUUUA